AAGCCUAAGCCUAAGCCUAAGCCUAAGCCUAAGCCUAAGCCUAAGCCUAAGCCUAAGCCCUAAGCCCUAAGCCUAAGCCUAAGCCUAAGCCUAAGCCUAAGCCUAAGCCUAAGCCUAAGCCUAAGCCUAAGCCUAAGCCUAAGCCUAAGCCUAAGCCUAAGCCUAAGCCUAAGCCUAAGCCUAAGCCUAAGCCUAAGCCUAAGCCUAAGCCUAAGCCCUAAGCCUAAGCCCUAAGCCUAAGCCUAAGCCUAAGCCUAAGCCUAAGCCUAAGCCUAAGCCUAAGCCUAAGCCUAAGCCUAAGCCUAAGCCUAAGCCUAAGCCUAAGCCUAAGCCUAAGCCUAAGCCUAAGCCUAAGCUUAAGCCUAAGCCUCAAGCCUAGCCAAGCCUCAAGCCUAAGCCUAGCCUAAGCCUAAGCCUAAGCCUAAGCCUGCCUAAGCCUAAGCCUAAGCCUAAGCCUAAGCCUAAGCCUAAGCCUAAGCCUCAAGCCUAAGCCUAAGCCUAAGCCUAAGCCUAAGCCUAAGCCUAAGCCUAAGCCUAAGCCUAAGCCUAAGCCUAAGCCUAAGCCUAAGCCUAAGCCUAAGCCUAAGCCUAAGCCUAAGCCUAAGCCUAAGCCUAAGCCUAAGCCCAAGCCCUAAGCCUAAGCCUAAGCCUAAGCCUAAGCCUAAGCCUGCCUAAGCCUAAGCCUAAGCCUAAGCCUAAGCCUAAGCCUAAGCCUCAAGCCUAAGCCUAAGCCUAAGCCUCAAGCCUAAGCCUAAGCCUAAGCCUAAGCCUAAGCCUAAGCCUAAGCCUAAGCCUAAGCCUAAGCCUAAGCCUAAGCCUCAAGCCUAAGCCUAAGCCUAAGCCUAAGCCUAAGCCUAAGCCUAAGCCUCAAGCCUAAGCCUAAGCCUAAGCCUAAGCCUAAGCCUAAGCCUAAGCCUAAGCCUCAAGCCUAAGCCUAAGCCUAAGCCUAAGCCUCAAGCCUAAGCCUAAGCCUGCUCAAGCCUAAGCCUAAGCCUAAGCCUAAGCCUAAGCCUAGCCCAGCCUAAGCCUAAGCCUAAGCCCUAAGCCUCAAGCCUAAGCCUAAGCCUCAAGCCUAAGCCUAAGCCUAAGCCCUAAGCCCUAAGCCUAAGCCCUAAGCCUAAGCCUAAGCCUAAGCCUAAGCUCAAGCCUAAGCCUAAGCCUAAGCCUAAGCCUCAAGCCUAAGCCUAAGCCUAAGCCUAAGCCUAAGCCUAAGCCUAAGCCUAAGCCUAAGCCUAAGCCUAAGCCUAAGCCUAAGCCUAAGCCUCAAGCCUAAGCCUAAGCCUAAGCCUAAGCCUAAGCCUAAGCCUAAGCCUAAGCCUAAGCCUAAGCCUAAGCCCAAGCCUAAGCCUAAGCCUAAGCCUCAAGCCUAAGCCUAAGCCCUAAGCCUAAGCCUAAGCCUAAGCCUAAGCCUAAGCCUAAGCCUAAGCCUAAGCCUAAGCCUAAGCCUAAGCCUAAGCCUAAGCCUAAGCCUAAGCCUAAGCCUCAAGCCUAAGCCUCAAGCCUAAGCCUGAAGCCCUAAGCCUAAGCCUAAGCCUAAGCCUAAGCCUAAGCCUAAGCCUCGAAGCCUAAGCCUAAGCCUAAGCCUAAGCCUAAGCCUAAGCCUAAGCCUAAGCCUAAGCCUAAGCCUAAGCCUAAGCCUAAGCCUAAGCCUAAGCCUAAGCCUAAGCCUAAGCCUAAGCCUAAGCCUAAGCCUAAGCCUAAGCCUAAGCCUAAGCCUAAGCCUAAGCCUCAAGCCUAAGCCUAAGCCUAAGCCUAAGCCUAAGCCUAAGCCUAAGCCUAAGCCCUAAGCCUAAGCCUAAGCCUAAGCCUAAGCCUAAGCCUAAGCCUAAGCCUAAGCCUAAGCCUAAGCCUAAGCCUAAGCCUAAGCCUAAGCCUAAGCCUGCCCAAGCCUAAGCCUAAGCCUAAGCCUAAGCCUAAGCCUAAGCCUAAGCCUAAGCCUAAGCCUAAGCCUAAGCCUAAGCCUAAGCCUAAGCCUAAGCCUAAGCCUAAGCCUAAGCCUAAGCCUAAGCCUAAGCCUCAAGCCUAAGCCUAAGCCUAAGCCUAAGCCUAAGCCUAAGCCUAAGCCCUCAAGCCUAAGCCUAAGCCUAAGCCUAAGCCUAAGCCUAAGCCUAAGCCUAAGCCUAAGCCUAAGCCUAAGCCUAAGCCUAAGCCUAAGCCUAAGCCUAAGCCUAAGCCUAAGCCUAAGCCUAAGCCUAAGCCUAAGCCUAAGCCUAAGCCUAAGCCUAAGCCUAAGCCUAAGCCUCAAGCCUAAGCCUAAGCCUAAGCCUAAGCCUAAGCCUAAGCCUAAGCCUAAGCCUAAGCCUAAGCCUAAGCCUAAGCCUAAGCCCUAAGCCUAAGCCUAAGCCUAAGCCUAAGCCUAAGCCUAAGCCUAAGCCUAAGCCUAAGCCUAAGCCUAAGCCUAAGCCUAAGCCUAAGCCUAAGCCUAAGCCUAAGCCUAAGCCUAAGCCCUAAGCCUAAGCCUAAGCCUAAGCCUAAGCCUAAGCCUAAGCCUAAGCCUAAGCCUAAGCCUAAGCCUAAGCCUAAGCCUAAGCCUAAGCCUAAGCCUAAGCCUAAGCCUAAGCCUAAGCCUAAGCCUAAGCCUAAGCCUAAGCCUAAGCCUAAGCCUAAGCCUAAGCCUAAGCCUAAGCCUAAGCCUAAGCCUAAGCCUAAGCCCAAGCCUAAGCCUAAGCCUAAGCCUAAGCCUAAGCCCUAAGCCUAAGCCUAAGCCUAAGCCUAAGCCUAAGCCUAAGCCUAAGCCUAAGCCUAAGCCUAAGCCUAAGCCUAAGCCUAAGCCUAAGCCUAAGCCUAAGCCUAAGCCUAAGCCUAAGCCUAAGCCUAAGCCUCAAGCCUAAGCCUAAGCCUAAGCCUAAGCCUAAGCCUAAGCCUAAGCCUAAGCCUAAGCCUAAGCCUAAGCCUAAGCCUAAGCCUAAGCCUAAGCCUAAGCCUAAGCCUAAGCCUAAGCCUAAGCCUAAGCCUAAGCCUAAGCCUAAGCCUAAGCCUAAGCCUAAGCCUAAGCCUAAGCCUCAAGCCUAAGCCUAAGCCUAAGCCUAAGCCUAAGCCUAAGCCCUAAGCCUAAGCCUAAGCCUAAGCCUAAGCCUAAGCCUCAAGCCUAAGCCCAAGCCUAAGCCUAAGCCUAAGCCUAAGCCUAAGCCUAAGCCUAAGCCUAAGCCUAAGCCUAAGCCUAAGCCUAAGCCUAAGCCUAAGCCUAAGCCUAAGCCUAAGCCUAAGCCUAAGCCUAAGCCUAAGCCUAAGCCUAAGCCUAAGCCUAAGCCUCAAGCCUAAGCCUAAGCCUAAGCCUAAGCCUAAGCCUAAGCCUAAGCCUAAGCCUAAGCCUAAGCCUAAGCCUAAGCCCUAAGCCUAAGCCUAAGCCCUAAGCCUAAGCCUAAGCCUAAGCCUAAGCCUAAGCCUAAGCCCAAGCCUAAGCCUAAGCCUAAGCCUAAGCCUAAGCCUAAGCCUAAGCCUAAGCCUAAGCCUAAGCCUAAGCCUAAGCCUAAGCCUAAGCCUAAGCCUAAGCCUAAGCCUAAGCCUAAGCCUAAGCCUAAGCCUCAAGCCUAAGCCUAAGCCUAAGCCUAAGCCUAAGCCUAAGCCUAAGCCUAAGCCUAAGCCUAAGCCUAAGCCUAAGCCUAAGCCUAAGCCUAAGCCUAAGCCUCAAGCCUAAGCCUAAGCCUAAGCCUAAGCCUAAGCCUAAGCCUAAGCCUAAGCCUAAGCCUAAGCCUAAGCCUAAGCCUAAGCCUAAGCCUAAGCCUAAGCCUAAGCCUAAGCCUAAGCCUAAGCCUAAGCCUAAGCCUAAGCCUAAGCCUAAGCCUAAGCCUAAGCCUAAGCCUAAGCCUAAGCCUAAGCCUAAGCCUAAGCCUAAGCCUAAGCCUAAGCCUAAGCCUAAGCCUAAGCCUAAGCCUAAGCCUAAGCCUAAGCCUAAGCCUAAGCCUAAGCCUAAGCCUAAGCCUAAGCCUAAGCCUAAGCCUAAGCCUAAGCCUAAGCCUAAGCCUAAGCCUAAGCCUAAGCCUAAGCCUAAGCCUAAGCCUAAGCCUAAGCCUAAGCCUAAGCCUAAGCCUAAGCCUAAGCCUAAGCCUAAGCCUAAGCCUAAGCCUAAGCCUAAGCCUAAGCCCUAAGCCUAAGCCUAAGCCUGCCUAAGCCUAAGCCUAAGCCUAAGCCUAAGCCCAAGCCUAAGCCUAAGCCUAAGCCUAAGCCUAAGCCUAAGCCUAAGCCUAAGCCUAAGCCUAAGCCUAAGCCUAAGCCUAAGCCUAAGCCUAAGCCUAAGCCUAAGCCUAAGCCUAAGCCUAAGCCUAAGCCUAAGCCUAAGCCUAAGCCUAAGCCUAAGCCUAAGCCUAAGCCUAAGCCUAAGCCUAAGCCUAAGCCUAAGCCUAAGCCUAAGCCUAAGCCUAAGCCUAAGCCUAAGCCUAAGCCUAAGCCUAAGCCUAAGCCUAAGCCUAAGCCUAAGCCUAAGCCUAAGCCUAAGCCUAAGCCUAAGCCUAAGCCUAAGCCUAAGCCUAAGCCUAAGCCUAAGCCUAAGCCUAAGCCUCAAGCCUAAGCCUAAGCCUAAGCCUAAGCCUAAGCCUAAGCCUAAGCCUAAGCCUAAGCCUAAGCCUAAGCCUAAGCCUAAGCCUAAGCCUAAGCCUAAGCCUAAGCCUAAGCCUAAGCCUAAGCCUAAGCCUAAGCCUAAGCCUAAGCCUAAGCCUAAGCCUAAGCCUAAGCCUAAGCCUAAGCCUAAGCCUAAGCCUAAGCCCAAGCCUAAGCCUAAGCCUAAGCCUAAGCCUCAAGCCUAAGCCUAAGCCUAAGCCUAAGCCUAAGCCUAAGCCUAAGCCUAAGCCUAAGCCUAAGCCUAAGCCUAAGCCUAAGCCUAAGCCUAAGCCUAAGCCUAAGCCUAAGCCUAAGCCUAAGCCUAAGCCUAAGCCUAAGCCUAAGCCCUAAGCCUAAGCCUAAGCCUAAGCCUAAGCCUAAGCCUAAGCCCUAAGCCUAAGCCUAAGCCUAAGCCUAAGCCUAAGCCUAAGCCUAAGCCUAAGCCUAAGCCUAAGCCUAAGCCUAAGCCUAAGCCUAAGCCUAAGCCUAAGCCUAAGCCUAAGCCUAAGCCUAAGCCUAAGCCUAAGCCUAAGCCCUAAGCCUAAGCCUCAAGCCUAAGCCUAAGCCCUAAGCCUAAGCCUCAAGCCUAAGCCUAAGCCUAAGCCUAAGCCUAAGCCUAAGCCUAAGCCUAAGCCUAAGCCUAAGCCUAAGCCUAAGCCUAAGCCUAAGCCUAAGCCUAAGCCUAAGCCUAAGCCUAAGCCUAAGCCUAAGCCUAAGCCCUAAGCCUAAGCCUAAGCCUAAGCCUAAGCCUAAGCCUCAAGCCUAAGCCUAAGCCUAAGCCUAAGCCUAAGCCUAAGCCUAAGCCUAAGCCUAAGCCUAAGCCUAAGCCUAAGCCCUAAGCCUAAGCCUAAGCCUAAGCCUAAGCCUAAGCCUAAGCCUAAGCCUAAGCCUAAGCCUAAGCCUAAGCCUAAGCCUAAGCCUAAGCCUAAGCCUAAGCCUAAGCCUAAGCCUAAGCCUAAGCCUAAGCCUAAGCCUAAGCCUAAGCCUAAGCCUAAGCCUAAGCCUAAGCCUAAGCCUAAGCCUAAGCCUAAGCCUAAGCCUAAGCCUAAGCCUAAGCCUAAGCCUAAGCCUAAGCCUAAGCCUAAGCCUAAGCCCUAAGCCUAAGCCUAAGCCUAAGCCCAAGCCUAAGCCUAAGCCUAAGCCUAAGCCUAAGCUCUAAGCCUAAGCCUAAGCCUAAGCCUAAGCCUAAGCCUAAGCCUAAGCCUAAGCCUAAGCCUAAGCCUAAGCCUAAGCCUAAGCCUAAGCCUAAGCCUAAGCCCUAAGCCUAAGCCUAAGCCUAAGCCUAAGCCUAAGCCUAAGCCUAAGCCUAAGCCUAAGCCUAAGCCUAAGCCUAAGCCUAAGCCUAAGCCUAAGCCUAAGCCUAAGCCUAAGCCCUAAGCCCUAAGCCUAAGCCUAAGCCUAAGCCUAAGCCUAAGCCUAAGCCUAAGCCUCAAGCCUAAGCCUCAAGCCUAAGCCUAAGCCUAAGCCUAAGCCUAAGCCUAAGCCUAAGCCUAAGCCUAAGCCUAAGCCUAAGCCUAAGCCUGCCUAAGCCUCAAGCCUAAGCCUAAGCCUAAGCCUAAGCCUAAGCCUAAGCCUAAGCCUAAGCCUAAGCCUAAGCCUAAGCCCUAAGCCUAAGCCCUAAGCCUAAGCCUAAGCCUAAGCCUAAGCCUAAGCCUAAGCCUAAGCCUAAGCCUAAGCCUAAGCCUAAGCCUAAGCCUAAGCCUAAGCCUCAAGCCUAAGCCUAAGCCUAAGCCUAAGCCUAAGCCUAAGCCUAAGCCUAAGCCUAAGCCUAAGCCCUAAGCCUAAGCCUAAGCCUAAGCCUAAGCCUAAGCCUAAGCCUAAGCCUAAGCCUAAGCCUAAGCCUAAGCCUAAGCCUAAGCCUAAGCCUAAGCCUAAGCCUAAGCCUAAGCCUAAGCCUAAGCCUAAGCCUAAGCCUAAGCCUAAGCCUAAGCCUAAGCCUAAGCCUAAGCCUAAGCCUAAGCCUAAGCCUAAGCCUAAGCCUAAGCCUAAGCCUAAGCCUAAGCCUAAGCCUAAGCCUAAGCCUAAGCCUAAGCCUAAGCCUAAGCCUAAGCCUAAGCCUAAGCCUAAGCCUAAGCCUAAGCCUAAGCCUAAGCCUAAGCCUCAAGCCUAAGCCUAAGCCUAAGCCUAAGCCUAAGCCUAAGCCUAAGCCUAAGCCUAAGCCUAAGCCUAAGCCUAAGCCUAAGCCUAAGCCUAAGCCUAAGCCUAAGCCUAAGCCUAAGCCUAAGCCUAAGCCUAAGCCUAAGCCUAAGCCUAAGCCUAAGCCUAAGCCUAAGCCUAAGCCUAAGCCUAAGCCUAAGCCUAAGCCUAAGCCUAAGCCUAAGCCUAAGCCUAAGCCUAAGCCUAAGCCUAAGCCUAAGCCUAAGCCUAAGCCUAAGCCUAAGCCUAAGCCUAAGCCUAAGCCUAAGCCUAAGCCUAAGCCUAAGCCUAAGCCUAAGCCUAAGCCUAAGCCUAAGCCUAAGCCUAAGCCCUAAGCCUAAGCCUAAGCCUAAGCCUAAGCCUAAGCCUAAGCCUAAGCCUAAGCCUAAGCCUAAGCCUAAGCCUAAGCCUAAGCCUAAGCCUAAGCCUAAGCCUAAGCCUAAGCCUAAGCCUAAGCCUAAGCCUAAGCCUAAGCCUAAGCCUAAGCCUAAGCCUAAGCCUAAGCCUAAGCCUAAGCCUAAGCCUAAGCCUAAGCCUAAGCCUAAGCCUAAGCCUAAGCCUAAGCCUAAGCCUAAGCCUAAGCCUAAGCCUAAGCCUAAGCCUAAGCCUAAGCCUAAGCCUAAGCCUAAGCCUAAGCCUAAGCCUAAGCCUAAGCCUAAGCCUAAGCCUAAGCCUAAGCCUAAGCCUAAGCCUAAGCCUAAGCCUAAGCCUAAGCCUAAGCCUAAGCCUAAGCCUAAGCCCUAAGCCUAAGCCUAAGCCUAAGCCUAAGCCUAAGCCUAAGCCUAAGCCUAAGCCUAAGCCUAAGCCUAAGCCUAAGCCUAAGCCUAAGCCUAAGCCUAAGCCUAAGCCUAAGCCUAAGCCUAAGCCUAAGCCUAAGCCUAAGCCUAAGCCUAAGCCUAAGCCUAAGCCUAAGCCUAAGCCUAAGCCUAAGCCUAAGCCUAAGCCUAAGCCUAAGCCUAAGCCUAAGCCUAAGCCUCAAGCCUAAGCCUAAGCCUAAGCCUAAGCCUAAGCCUAAGCCUAAGCCUAAGCCUAAGCCUAAGCCUAAGCCUAAGCCUAAGCCUAAGCCUAAGCCUAAGCCUAAGCCUAAGCCUAAGCCUAAGCCUAAGCCUAAGCCUAAGCCUAAGCCUAAGCCUAAGCCUAAGCCUAAGCCUAAGCCUAAGCCUAAGCCUAAGCCUAAGCCUAAGCCUAAGCCUAAGCCUAAGCCUAAGCCUAAGCCUAAGCCUAAGCCUAAGCCUAAGCCUAAGCCUAAGCCUAAGCCUAAGCCUAAGCCUAAGCCUCAAGCCUAAGCCUAAGCCUAAGCCUAAGCCUAAGCCUAAGCCUAAGCCCUAAGCCUAAGCCUAAGCCUAAGCCUAAGCCUAAGCCUAAGCCUAAGCCUAAGCCUAAGCCUAAGCCUCAAGCCUAAGCCUAAGCCUAAGCCUAAGCCUAAGCCUAAGCCUAAGCCUAAGCCUAAGCCUAAGCCUAAGCCUAAGCCUAAGCCUAAGCCUAAGCCUAAGCCUAAGCCUCAAGCCUAAGCCUAAGCCUAAGCCUAAGCCUAAGCCUAAGCCUAAGCCUAAGCCUAAGCCUAAGCCUAAGCCUAAGCCUAAGCCUAAGCCUAAGCCUAAGCCUAAGCCUAAGCCUAAGCCUAAGCCUAAGCCUAAGCCUAAGCCUAAGCCUAAGCCUAAGCCUAAGCCUAAGCCUAAGCCUAAGCCUAAGCCUAAGCCUAAGCCUAAGCCUAAGCCUAAGCCUAAGCCUAAGCCUAAGCCUAAGCCUAAGCCUAAGCCUAAGCCUAAGCCUAAGCCUAAGCCUAAGCCUAAGCCUAAGCCUAAGCCUAAGCCUAAGCCUAAGCCUAAGCCUAAGCCUAAGCCUAAGCCUAAGCCUAAGCCUAAGCCUAAGCCUAAGCCUAAGCCUAAGCCUAAGCCUAAGCCUAAGCCUAAGCCUAAGCCUAAGCCUAAGCCUAAGCCUAAGCCUAAGCCUAAGCCUAAGCCUAAGCCUCAAGCCUAAGCCUAAGCCUAAGCCUAAGCCUAAGCCUAAGCCUAAGCCUAAGCCUAAGCCUAAGCCUAAGCCUAAGCCUAAGCCUAAGCCUAAGCCUAAGCCUCAAGCCUAAGCCUAAGCCUAAGCCUAAGCCUAAGCCUAAGCCUAAGCCUAAGCCUAAGCCUGCCUAAGCCUAAGCCUAAGCCUAAGCCCUAAGCCUAAGCCUAAGCCUAAGCCUAAGCCUAAGCCUAAGCCUAAGCCUAAGCCUAAGCCCUAAGCCUAAGCCUAAGCCUAAGCCUAAGCCUAAGCCUAAGCCUAAGCCUAAGCCUAAGCCUAAGCCUAAGCCUAAGCCUAAGCCUAAGCCUAAGCCUAAGCCUAAGCCUAAGCCUCAAGCCUAAGCCUAAGCCUAAGCCUAAGCCUAAGCCUAAGCCUAAGCCUAAGCCUAAGCCUAAGCCUAAGCCUAAGCCUAAGCCUAAGCCUAAGCCUAAGCCUAAGCCUAAGCCUAAGCCUAAGCCUAAGCCUAAGCCUAAGCCUAAGCCUAAGCCUAAGCCUAAGCCUAAGCCUAAGCCUAAGCCUAAGCCUAAGCCUAAGCCUAAGCCUAAGCCUAAGCCUAAGCCUAAGCCCAAGCCUAAGCCUAAGCCUAAGCCUAAGCCUAAGCCUAAGCCUAAGCCUAAGCCUAAGCCUAAGCCUAAGCCUAAGCCUAAGCCUAAGCCUAAGCCUAAGCCUAAGCCUAAGCCUAAGCCUAAGCCUAAGCCUAAGCCUAAGCCUAAGCCUAAGCCUAAGCCUAAGCCUAAGCCUAAGCCUAAGCCUAAGCCUAAGCCUAAGCCUAAGCCUAAGCCUAAGCCUAAGCCUAAGCCUAAGCCUAAGCCUAAGCCUAAGCCUAAGCCUAAGCCUAAGCCUAAGCCUAAGCCUAAGCCUAAGCCUAAGCCUAAGCCUAAGCCUAAGCCUAAGCCUAAGCCUAAGCCUAAGCCUAAGCCUAAGCCUAAGCCUAAGCCUAAGCCUAAGCCUAAGCCUAAGCCUAAGCCUAAGCCUAAGCCUAAGCCUAAGCCUAAGCCUAAGCCUAAGCCUAAGCCUAAGCCUAAGCCUAAGCCUAAGCCUAAGCCUAAGCCUAAGCCUAAGCCUAAGCCUAAGCCUAAGCCUAAGCCUAAGCCUAAGCCUAAGCCUAAGCCUAAGCCUAAGCCUAAGCCUAAGCCUAAGCCUAAGCCUAAGCCUAAGCCUAAGCCUAAGCCUAAGCCUAAGCCUAAGCCUAAGCCUAAGCCUAAGCCUAAGCCUAAGCCUAAGCCUAAGCCUAAGCCUAAGCCUAAGCCUAAGCCUAAGCCUAAGCCUAAGCCUAAGCCUAAGCCUAAGCCUAAGCCUAAGCCUAAGCCUAAGCCUAAGCCUAAGCCUAAGCCUAAGCCUAAGCCUAAGCCUAAGCCUAAGCCUAAGCCUAAGCCUAAGCCUAAGCCUAAGCCUAAGCCUAAGCCUAAGCCUAAGCCUAAGCCUAAGCCUAAGCCUAAGCCUAAGCCUAAGCCUAAGCCUAAGCCUAAGCCUAAGCCUAAGCCUAAGCCUAAGCCUAAGCCUAAGCCUAAGCCUAAGCCUAAGCCUAAGCCUAAGCCUAAGCCUAAGCCUAAGCCUAAGCCUAAGCCUAAGCCUAAGCCUAAGCCUAAGCCUAAGCCUAAGCCUAAGCCUAAGCCUAAGCCUAAGCCUAAGCCUAAGCCUAAGCCUAAGCCUAAGCCUAAGCCUAAGCCUAAGCCUAAGCCUAAGCCUAAGCCUAAGCCCUAA